GUCACCAUCCUUCCCUAUUCCGUACAUGUGUUUUUUAAGAGUAGAAGAGCAUUCCCACUUGACUCGCUAAAGGCUGGACCCUUCUGUUACCUCCAUUUUCUUGGCCUUCAAAAACCUGCUCUUCUUUCUCCCUCUCAUUCGCUUCUUUUCCACCUAAUCCCACUUGCUUAACUAUCUAAUCAAACCCUUCUGUUCUGUCUCCUCUUCUCUCUCUACUCGUCACUGUUCUAAGAUGGAUGGCCAAGAUCAGAGAAAGAACCAUUUUGCAGGGAGUGAGAGCCAUGGACUUCAUGUCUGCAGCAAAUGCGGCUGGCCGUUUGCUAACUCGCAUCCCAGUGCAAAGCAAAGGCGUGCGCAUAAAAAGAUCUGUGGAAAACCUAAAGGGUACCAGCGAGUUGACUCAGGGGAAGGUGGAAGUGCUCAUGGAGUUGUUUCCGACGAUGAGCACUUCUCUGAUGAAGAUUAUAAAACCCCUAGUCCAAAAGUUGUGGAUAAAAGUAAUAAUGUGAAGGCUAUUAGUGAAACUGGUGGAACGCAGAACAAAUUGCUGGAUGAAGUACUCAGAGAUUCAGUUGUGGAAUUUUCUCCCGGUGUUGAAGAAAAAACGAAGGGGAAUACAGAACUAGCAGUGGAAAGAAGUGCUAAGAAUGAUCAGGAUGCUGUACAAUCUCUUGAGGAUAUUGCUAGAUACAUCACAACGAAGUAAGAAGAUUGAUGCUGAUUUUACAGAAAGCACAACUAAAUUUGUGGGGCUAGAGACUGACUCAGGAGAAAUUGAAGAUAUCAAGCUAGAAAGUGGCCAAGUGUAUGUUAUCCCCUUUGAGGUAGUGUCUGAAAAGACCAAGGAGAUAAUCUCAGAUUCUGUGUCGAUUGAUGGACUUAUUAGAUCAAAUAAGGAGCAUGUAGAUCAUGCAAAUACUUCGAUUGAUGCUGCACAAACUAAGACAUAUGAAGCUCCAGGAACCAACUUUUCCACUUCUAUUAAUUCAAUUGAGGAUUACAAUGGAAAUAAAGAAGCAAACGAAAAUGUAAUCGUGCUUUCUGUGCCUGGUGAUGUUCCUGUGGUUGACCAAGUUGACCUUAUGGUUGAAGACUUUGAAGACCAUAAGGGAGCGAAAUUACAUCAGUCUUUAUUAGUAGAUCCGUGUGAAACAAUCAGGGAGGAGGAGGGGAAACUAAAACUCCCGAUAAUGAGAAUGGUACUAAUAUUCACUCUAGAGAACUGAAUGGGCAUAUUGAAGUGUUCGUAUGCAUGUUUUGGAAGAUGACUGUAAACAUGACGGUGGGAAUGAGAAGGUGUCGUCAACGAGGGAACUGAGAGUGCAAUUCAUUACUUUGGAGAACCAAGUGAAGGAAUUGGAGUCUAUCCAUCGGGUAUGCAUGGUUUGGAAUAUGACCAUAAACAUGAAGGUCGGAAUGACAAGCCUGUGAUCAACGAGGGGAGUGACAGUGUAAUUGUUUUUUCUGUGCCUGAUGAUGUUCCUGUGGACGACCAUGCUGAGGUCAUGCUUGAGGACUUUAAAGACCACAAGGGAGUGAAAUUGGAUCAGUUUUUAUUGGUAGAUUCGCGUGAAACAAUUGAGUAUUCAAAAGGGGGAAAAGAUGGACCUUAUAAUGAGAAUGUUGCGACGAGUGUCUACUCUGGAGAACAGAGUGAAAGCACUGAGGUAUCUGCAUCAAUUUUGCAUGUUUUGGAAGAUGACGAUAAACAGGAAGGUGGGGAUGAUAAGCUUGUGGUCGACGAAGGGCAUAAGAAUACAAUUGUGUUUUCUGUGCCUGAUGAUGUUCCUGUGGUUGACCAUGCUGAACUAUGAACAUGGGAAUGAUGAUCCUAUGGCCAGUGAAGGGAACAAGAAUGUAAUUGUGCUUUCUGUGCCUAAUGAUGUUCCUGUGGUUGACCAUGCUGAGCUCAUGCUUAAAGUGUUCAAGGACCAUAAUGGACUGAAAUUGGAUGAGUCUCUAUUGGCAGAUGCAUGUGAAACGAUUAAGGAUAGGGAAGGUGAAGCAGAAGCACCCGAUAAUGAGAGUGUUCGUACUGUCUACUCUGAGGAACCCAGUGAAGUCACUCAGGUCUCUGCAUCAGUUAUGCAUGUUUCUGAAGAUGACCAUAAACAUGGAGGUGGAAAUGACAAACUUAUGAAUGAAGAAGGGAAUAAGAAUAAUAGUCUGCUUUCUGUUCCUAAUGGUGCUACUCUGACUGACCACUAUGGUCUCAUGCUUGAAGACUUUAAAGACCAAAGGGAGUUGGAUUGCCUCAAUCUGUAUUGGUAGAUUCAUGUGAAACAAUCAAGGAUUCAGAGGGUGAACCAAAAGCUCCUGGAAGUGAGAACAUUCCUAGUGUCCGCUCUGGAGAACCAAGUGAAGGCACUGAGGUCUUUUCAUUAGUUACGUAUAUGUUGGAAGAUGACCAUAAACAUUAAGGUGGAUAUGCCGAGCCCACGGUCAAAAAACUCGCAGUGAUCAAAGGAUUAGAUGAAGUAGCAGCCCAGGAUGAUGCUUAUAAAAUUGAGAUGAGAAAGGUGAGGAAACUUUGCUCGCCUGUGCGGCAGUAGACGCAUAACAUCAGUGACAAUUCACUGCAGAAAGGUUCCUCAGAAGCUGUCAUGGAAGUUUUACCUGAUACAGGUGCAGAAGUCAGCCUUAUAACCAACUCUUCAAACACUGAUAAUUAUGGAAGUCAUGAAAAAGCUGGGGUUAAAAUAUGUGAUACUGUUAAACAUGAUGGUAACAAGACAUUUGAAGGGGAAACUGGUGCAGAAA